AACGAACAGGCCGGAUAAUUUUUUAGAAGAAAAAAGAGAUAACAAUAUAUAUUGGAAAAAUACUUUUGCUGGAAUAGAUGCUUUCAUAUAAAUAAUUGGAGAAAUAUAAAAUACUAAAAAUGAAUAAGUUUAAAGUGUUGGACCCGAAGCCGAUCGACGAGGGACCAUCUUUCAGGACUCUUCUUGCCAAGAAUCUGAAAAGGGACGAAAAAGUAGCAAUGAAAAUUUUGAAGAAGAAUUACUACUCAUUGGAAGAAUGCAAAAGACAUAAAGAAGUCCAGGUAACUCAGGCACUGGACCACAAAAAUGUGCAGAAGAUGAUGGAACUUAUGAAUGACUCAAAUGAACUGAUAAUGGUAUUGGAAUAUGUCCCAGACAAUGUCAAAGGAGUUAUGAAAAAGAAGGGAGGGCCGUUCACGGAAAUGGAGACAAAAACAGUCAUGCUUCAGGUGUUCCUAGGUCUGUCGCAUUUACAUGAGAUGGGGUUUAUACACAGGAACCUGCGCCCAGAAGUGAUACUCUGUGAUAAGGAAUUGACCACCGUGAAAAUAUCUGACUUUUCAAUGACAAAGUCAGAUCAAGAUCAGCUUGGAGAAUAUGACGUUAUUCCAGUCUGGCAUCAGUCUCCGGAAGUGUUGCUUAGAGCAUCGACUUACACGAACAAGAUAGACUGUUGGGCAGCCGGUUGUAUAAUGGCAGAGCUUCUGUUAGGGGAAACUUUGAUGCCGGGAACUUCCAACAGUGACCAGAUGAAGCUGAUAUGCGAGCUCAUUGGAAUCUUUUCACCGCGUCACUGGACUGAAGGCGCUAAACUCCGACGUCUUCUACAAUAUCGUCUCCCUGAUGUACAAGGUAAAGGACUUAGUGGAGCUGGUCUCCAGGCAGGUAGUGAUGCAAAGGGUCUUAUCAUGAACUGUCUCGAAUGGAAUCCAGACAUAAGAACUUCAGCUAAAGAGGCGAUUCGACAUGAGUUUUUCAAGUCAGACGGAGAGUUCAAAAACACAAAUGAAUAUCAAGAAACUAUGAAGGGUAUAGGACUAGAACUAUCUAGCUGGAAAAAGAAGUGGGAAUCGGAUCUAAGCAAGGGCCCUUCAAUGGAGUUGGAUAACAUUCUGGACAAACUCUACCAAAAACCCCAGCACAAGGACAGAAACAGCAACAGGCAAAAGUUUACAGGGUUUGAGACAUCUAAUCCGCUAAUUGGAUUUAGCACUCCUCGUGAUAAAAAGUUUCAGCAAAUGCAGCAGCAACAACAGCAGCAGCAGCAUCAGCAACAAUACUCACAACAACAAUAUCCACAACAACAGCAACAACAGCAACGACAACUACACCAACAUCAACAACAAGAGCAUGGUAAUGGUUACGAUCAAACCAGAGAUGACCCAUUUCAGUUUCAACAAUCGAAUGGUAUCAGUCAUCAAGCACGGACAUACCCACUUGACACACAAUAUCCUGACAAGGCUGCUGAGAAGUCUCAGUUCGAGGAAAAUUUCUCCCCCAGAGAGGAAAAACAAUCUAGACAGAGCAUAUCUGGCGAGGAUCCCUACGUUGCACAGGAUGCACAAAUGUCUUCGCGGCAAUAUCAAGAUCCAAUUUUUUCCACAGAUGGUCAUAUGUCCCCUCCCCGACAACGACGCAACAAUGAAUCUCCUAGACGCAAACAAAAAGACCAGAUAGGCUUGCUUGGUGGCGAUCUUGAUGAUGCUCAAAUAGAACGUGAGCAGAGGGAAAAGAGGAGAAGAGCGGAACAUCUCAAAAACACGAACAGUGUGAAGUACAAUACUAUUUACGGAAAAGGGAUAUUUGGUGAUGUAGAUCAACCAAAAUUUGGAGGUACCCCUACACGUUCAAGGCGAGCGAAUAAUGAUGCUGGGAAGUCUGAUGAUCAGAAACAACCGAUAAGGACAAGACAACAGAACGAUGACGGACUCAAUAUGACGAAUGGAUUCGGUCCAACUUCAGACAAUACCCAAAUGAAUGCUAGAAACCAACCGCGUCUUAAAAGAAUGGACACUUUUGAAAGGAUUGCAGCCAUUGAUCAUACAAAGAGAUCUGAGCAAUUGAGACAACAGAACCCAGUCAAACAGAGGGACAAAUACGGCGAUCCAUUCAUGAGCCAAUUGCUUGGACAGAAAAUGCCACCGAAACAGCCGCCCCAAACUUCACAAUCACAAUCAAACUUUGGAGGUUAUGGCGAUAAUGGAGAAUUUGGAGGAAGUGGAAAGUACACACCAAGCUGGUCAGCUGACAAGCAAAUGAGGACUCAUUAAAUUUAUUACCAGUACAUUUUGUACAAAACUUAUAUUUAAAUACUGAUCCACCUAGUCAAGACAACAUUUUUUUCGGAAAAAGGUCAACAGUUCGUGAUUUAGAUUGGCGUGUCUACAUUAAUUAUAGAUUUUCAGACUUUGCACGUUUUAUGUGCUUAAAUAAGGUAAACCAUGUAUUCGUAACGGAGCGUACCUUAGAUUAAAGAAAUAGUUCAAACUACAAAGUUCUGGAAUUUUAUCAAAAAAUGAACUUGUAUACGUCCGAAAAUAAUUUUAAGAUCCUUUGCUUUUCCUUAAAAGUAGGUAGUGUAUCUGCUACAAAUUAAAGAGCUUUUAUAUAUAUUUUCCUUUUUUCGUUAAAGGUCCAUUAUGUCACAGAAAUGCUUUACAUUUUUGUUUCUUAUUUUUUUAAUUUUAUUGAUGUUCUAAAAUAGUUUCCGAAAAAAACAAACAAAACAACAACAUUAAUUGGAAAAUUACCAGGGCCAUCUUUAGCUUCUGUUGAUAUUAUGUAAUAAUAAAUACAGUUAUAAUGAUUUAGUAUUUUAUAAGGAAGUCAAAAUACUACUGUGUUAACAUUUUUCAAAUUUUAUGACAAAUAAUGUCACACUCAGCGCUAUUUUCUUCAGGUAAUAAGCCUCUAAUAAGUACUAAACCAUUAUCUAAACAUGUUGAAACUUUUGUUUGCCCUUUAUUAAGAAGAAAAUGUUCAUUUGUUUCUGAAGCAUAAUGUGCCUUUUAUUUUCGAUAGGAAAAUGUAUUUUGCUGUUAAACAUAUUGACUGUUAAUACUUGCUCAUAUUUAUAAGUCUAUUUAUUGAUGUUUUUAUUCAUAAAUAUGAAAGUUUAUAGUUGCGAUGCUUUUCUUUUCAAUAUCUGUUAUUUUUACAAUUUCUCAACUUGUUGUAUACAUAUCAAGAAAAUGUGAUAGGCCUUGCAUUUUAGAAUAAAUAUAUUUUUCUGACUCUAUGAAAAUAUGUUUUUUAUUUAUUUCAAUUAAAAGUUUGAUAAACCUUCACAAAAUU